AUGCACUCAAAGACGGUUCACUUUUUCCUCCACUUUCUCUACUACUACAACUCCCUCAUGGGAAUGAACCCGUUCGUGCUCGAUCGCGCAAACGGGCACCGAUUGCGCAGGAACCGGCUCAAAUUUUGCUGGUCCUUUGCCGUCGGUUGCGCCACGGCCGUUCUGGUGUUGUUCAGUUUUUCACAUAUUCUCACCAGUGUACCGUUUCCGGAUCUGAUGCUGGUGCGGCAUCUUGUGUACGUCGAGUUCCUGAUACGCUACUGCACGAUAACGUCCUGCUUUUAUCAGAUUUUCCAUAACCAAUCGAACCUGCUGCGUUGCGCGAAUCGUUUCAUGGCCAUCGUACGGCGUCUCCUAUACGCGUCCGAUAGUCCUGCCGCGGCCACGGGCACCGUAGCCCCGAUAGUGGUGAAAGUUCUGUGCACCGACAUUUUCCUGUGUAUCCUGUUUCUCAUCGACAAUGACGCGCACGUGGAGCACUACUUACGAGACUACCGUACCCUCAACAUCUGUGUCAUCGUUAUGGGGGCACAAAUUUCAAAUUUGGUUCUCUUGCUGCUGCUUUUUGGCGCCCACUGCUACGGUGCCAUCAACGAACAGCUUGAGAGCGCCAUCACAAGACUGGUUUCGUUUGAGCAACGUGCCUCGUUUUGGGGCAAACGAAACGCGCUUCGCCAGCAGAUAUGUUGCGAGGUGAGCGAUACCAUCGACGAACUGUACAGCGUUCACCGGGAGGUGACCGAAAUUGUGAGGCAUUUGUUUAAGAUUCUUCAAGCUCCUAUCCUUCUGACGAACCUUAACCAAUUCGUGGUCGUACUGUCCAGGGUUUACUUCAUCUACGUGUCGAUUGCCCAGGAUUGGUCCCGCAACAGCAGCCUCCACGGGAUGAUCAAUCCGAUUCUCUGUAUUACAUUUGAAGUGUCACAGUUUGUGCUGCUGUCGGUUGUGGCCACCAUCAUCGCAAAGCAGUCUCGCCAACCAGGAGUGAUUAUGAACACGUUUAUCGACGCUCCGAUUGACACGCGCACCGAGCGCAGUAUCGAACUGUUCAACCUGGCCCUGUUGAGCCACGAUGCCCGGAUUCAAGUGGCCGAUAUGUACGCGCUCGACUUGGUGUUUAUGUACUCGGUGGCCACCACCGCAACAUCAUAUUUGAUCGUGUUGAUACAGUUUCAAUUGAAUGUAUAUUGA